CACACACGAUCAGCGACAGCCGCUGGACCCAGAAUUUGCUGAUUCAGCUCUCUUAUCAGAGUCUCGGAGCGAGAACAAUAUCAUUUGUAUUUCAACAGUCAGUGCGUUCGGCAUCGUUUCAUUGAAUCCCACUGCGUUUUUGUAGGUCUAUAAAUUUUGCCGGGCAGAUCAACCUCCGUAAUAAGCCUUUAAAUAAACUACAGAGAAACGGAUGAAAGCUAUUACCACGUUAUUUUGUGAAAUUCUAAUUGAUUUAAACAAAAUAAAUAUUCAUUAAAAUAUCUCAUUUCUAUCGAUGUUUGGCGUGUUAAAUAUACAUACAUAUAUAUAUCGAUAGCGAUUUAUCGAAAUUCAAGAGUUACUCGAAGCAAAACACCUGAAAGCCUGCAUAAAUAGAAGCAGCAGAAACUGACACAAAAAUUGCCAAACGCCACAAAAAGAGGAACAAAACAAUCUGUGCGCAUAAAUUGUUCAAGAAAUUGAAAUAAAAAAUAUCCAGCGACGAAAAUGAGCAUCCAGAAAAAUCAAGGGACCACUGUGGAAAACAUCGACGAGAUCGACAGCUUCGUCGCGGACAUGGCCAGCCUCUGCAUGAACGAGCCCUACUCGGACGUGGAGUUCCUGGUGGAGGGUCAGCGGCUGCCGGGCCACCGUCUCGUUCUGGCGACGCGCUCUGAAUACUUCCGCGCUUUGCUCUACGGCGGUUUGGCCGAGUCGAACCAACGGGAAGUUCGGCUGGAGGUGCCGCUUGAAGCCUUCAAGUUAAUCCUGGGAUAUCUCUACUCGGGGAAGAUGACUCUGUCCACACUGGACGUGGACACCAUUAUCGAUGUGCUCGAUUUGGCCCAUCUUUACGGGUUGCAGGUCGUCGAGUCGGGAAUAGGAAAAUACCUGCAGCAGAAUCUUUCUGUCAGUAAUGUGUGCACGAUCCUGGAUGUCGCACGCCGCAACAAUCUCAACCAACGGGCUGAAGAAUGCCUCAAUUUCAUCGACAACAAUGGCUUCGAUAUAGUAAAACAUGAUUCCUUCGCACAACUGCCCAAGGAAUCACUUGAGGAACUCCUGCGACGGGACAAGUUAUGGGCCCUCGAAAUUGAUAUCUUUCGAGCUGUAUGCAAAUGGAGGGACAACCAUCCGAGCGAGGACUUCAAGACGGUGGCUGCGCUCGUACGUCUCCCGCUUUUGACUGUCCAACAGCUGGUGCAAGAGGUACGCCCCUCUGGCAUAUACGAGUUGGAACAGAUACUCGACGCCAUUGGUCAAGCGGAUACCGGAAAGAAUCUGCCCUACCGUGUCGGGUUGUUGCCGGGGGAGGAUGUGGCAUCAGGGAAUCAUCUUGCGCGCCGUUUCCAGGAUGAGCUAAAUUAUACAGUCUUCGAGCUGAGAAACCUUUUCGCAAUCAACUUAAUUGAAUUUAUUUGCGAAUAUACCCCAUUUAAUCGCAUCAUGACGAUCGAAGUGCAUGUUUCUUGCGACCAGACUCACUGGAAUUGUGUGGGAUCGAAAAGUCCUCAUGGAAACGCGACACAUAACUUCACAUUCGAAGAGCGACCCGUUCGCUACAUUCGAGUGGGAGCUGUACCUAGUGGCUCUAUACAUUCGGUAUCUUCUCUGACAGCCAUGUACAAAAAGUAACACUGAUUCUAUAGAAUCAUCACAUAAGUAUGUAAAUUUUUGGACAUAGCAAACGAUGGAAAAUACUAGUUUCUGGGAAACUUCACAGCUUAGGAUAGAUCCAUUUAACUAUGGAGAAAUAGCAACCCUUCAAAAACUCUACCUAAGUGGAAGUUAGAGAGAUCUAUUGGCCAACCUGGCACGAAAAACGGUGAGAAUAUGGUUUUUACCUGCGUAAUCCCUUUUUUUGGGUGGUUUUUCGUGCCGGGUUUCGUUAGUUAAAUCGAUCUAGAAGGCGCUAACAAAUUUAAGGAAGCUGUUGGUAUAUAUUAGAUUAGAUGUUAGAUGUAAUAGAUAAUAAAAGAUAUAAAAAACAAAUACAGUAUUUGAAUAAAAGUUAAAUAAAUUUAAA